AUGCUAUCUAGAACAAUUCGUUUACAGAGCGCCACCCUAAGAAGGUCGCAACUAACCAUUACAAGGUCAUUUUCAAUAACUUUCAACAUGCAGAAUGCCCAAAAAAGAUCACCUACAGGUAUUGUUUUGAUGAACAUGGGCGGCCCCUCCAAAGUUGAAGAAACGUAUGAUUUUUUAUAUCAAUUGUUUGCUGAUAAUGACUUAAUUCCUAUCAGUGCUAAGUAUCAAAAGACAAUUGCUAAAUAUAUUGCAAAGUUUCGUACUCCAAAGAUAGAGAAGCAAUAUAAAGAAAUUGGUGGGGGCUCUCCAAUUCGUAAAUGGUCGGAGUAUCAAGCUUCUGAAGUUUGUAAAAUCUUAGAUGAAACCUGCCCAGAAACGGCACCUCAUAAGCCUUAUGUGGCAUUCCGUUAUGCGAAGCCGUUGACCGGUGAGACUUAUAAGCAAAUGCUAAAAGAUGGUGUAAAGAAGGCAGUGGCCUUCUCUCAAUAUCCACAUUUCUCCUAUUCUACUACGGGGUCAUCCAUCAACGAAUUAUGGAGACAGAUUAAGGAACUGGACUCCGAGAGAUCUAUAUCAUGGUCAGUUAUUGAUCGUUGGCCUACAAAUGAAGGUUUGAUUAAGGCCUUUUCCGAAAACAUCAGCAAAAAACUGCAAGAGUUUCCCCAGCCGGUUAGAGACAAGGUCGUUCUAUUGUUUUCUGCACAUUCUCUGCCAAUGGAUGUUGUCAAUACUGGUGAUGCCUACCCUGCUGAGGUUGCUGCCACAGUUUACAGUAUCAUGAAAAAUUUAAAGUUCAAGAAUCCUUAUAGGUUGGUUUGGCAAUCCCAAGUUGGACCUAAACCAUGGUUAGGAGCUCAGACAGCUGACAUAGCUGAAUUUUUAGGUCCAAAAGUUGACGGUCUUCUGUUUAUUCCUAUUGCUUUUACCUCUGACCAUAUCGAAACUUUGCAUGAAAUUGACUUGGGUGUUAUUGGAGAAUCAAAAUAUAAAGAUAAAUUCAAAAGAUGUGAAUCCUUAAAUGGUAACCAAACUUUCAUCAAAGGUAUGGCGGACCUUGUGAAAAAUCAUUUGGAGAGUCAUCAACUUUACUCCAACCAAUUACCUUUGGACUUUACACUUGGUAAGUCCAGCGAUCCUGUAAAGGACCUUUCAUUGGUGUUUGGCAAUCACGGAUCUACUUGA